AACACGACGUAGUUUUGGUAAUCUUAUAACCAUUUCCAAACCCCUGAUUCCUGCUGUGUAGCGAUUCUCGCUCUCCCUCUCUCUGUUUUCUUCUUUGUUGUUUGUUCGAUUGAGACGAACAAAAAUCGCAACACAUCAAAAGCUAAUCCGAAAAAUGAGUGCUUUCACCGCAUUUAAAGCGAAUGUUCCUGUUGCGUGGAGCCCUAAUCUGUACAUAACGCUGGUGAGGGGAAUCCCGGGUACAAGGAGGCUCCACCGGCGCACGUUAGAGGCCUUGCGCCUAACCAAGUGCAACCGUACUGUCACCCACACCAACACGCCCUCCCUCCGGGGAAUGCUUCAGCAGGUGAAGAGAUUGGUGGUGGUUGAGACAGAGGAAAUGUACAAUGCUCGGAAGGAGAAGGAGGCUAAGCAUCGGGCCCUGCGCCCGGCCUUGGUUGUCAAUCACCAUCAACCUCCCGCUAGUGAUUUUUCGGCUUGAUUGCUCAAAUAUUCUCGACUGCUUGCAGGAAUAAGCCAUCUCUGUCAACAGAUGGACAUGAAAGUCAGAAGGAAGAGAUUGAAGUGUUGGGCUAUCUGGAUCCGAAAGAAAUCCCUAGUCUUUUUAACUCUUUGAAGCUACCGUCAUUGAUGAAAUUAUUCUUGUAUAAUGAUUUGAAAAAUAUGAAAAUGUCAACGUGUUUUUAAGAAUUCCAGACAUGAUACUUUGGUAAUUUACUUUGCUUGGUUCAAUAUUACUUUUUGCUCAUAUUUCUUGCUUAUGUUUCAUCACUAUCAGUUUGUUGGUUCCUUUCGUUUUCAUAGUCUGGACUAAAACUUCUUCUUCUAUGGCUGUGAGGUCUUGUCAAUUCAAAGAACUAGGUUCCAGUUUUGUUAAAAUGGUCUUUUCUGUCUCUCUUAUAAUACCAU